CCUACCCGCACCCGCCCUCAGCACCCCGACCCUCGCAGCACCCAUGAUCCUGAGCCCCCUGCACAGCACCCUGAGCCCCCCGCACCCAUCGCUCCCCUGUUGCACAAGAACCCUCAACCCCCCCCCAACUCCCCUCCCCAGCUCCCCUGUACCCCUGCAGCCUCCCCGGCGCUCCCACCAGACCCCGGGCUGGGUGCUGCCUCCUCGGGGUGCCCCGUGGCACUGAGUGCUGGUCCCAGGCACUCUCGCUUCCCUUUCCCGGCUCGGGGGAUGUGCCAGAGUGCCUGGGCGGGGGGACACCCCGGUCUGGGGGUAUGGGGCACUGCCUGCCCUGCUUGUCACCCCAAAGCCAGGGCCAGGAGCGUGCCCGGGUGCGUGGCAUGGCAGGGUGCCCCGGGACAGGGUGGGGGGACAUGGGCGGGGCAGGAAGGGGUGACAUCUUCAGGGCAGGAUCUGACCCAGCCGGUAGCGGGGGAUUCUUGACAUGGGAUUCUUACCAGGGUGCUGGUUCCUACAGGAUGAGUGGGAUAUGUGGGGAACAGCCCCAGAAGGGUCAUGGCAGUGGGGCAGGGGCAGCCCCCAUCCCGAGGGCCCCCCAUACCCCAGGCAAGGGUAGCCACCCUGGAGUGCCAGGGGGAAAGGGACCUUCCUGGGCAUGGUCCUGGGAGCAGGAUGAGGAGCGUCAGUGGGAACCCCGUGGGUCAGGGUGGUCCUGGGAGCAGGAUGAUGUGUGUCUAUUGGUUGUGAAACUCUUGGGAAGUAGGAUGAGGGCUGUCUAUGGGACCCCGUGGGUUAGGGUGAUCCUGGGAACAGGAUGAGGUGUGUCUGUGGGGUUCCAAUGGAUCAGGGGGCUCCUGGGAGCGGGGUGAGGUGUGUCUGUGGGGUCCCAAUGGGUCAAGGUUCAUGGUGGUGGUUUGGUGGCCGUGGGAGUUCCCCAGUGCCACUGUCCCAUGGGGGAGGUCCCAUCCCAUCCUAUCCCAGCCCUUGUCCCCACUGCCAGCCCCAUGGAGGCGGGGCCCAAUCCUGCCCACCCCUGGCCAUGGGGCCCAGCCACUGGCCCCACAGCAUUUAGGGGCCCCAGAGCCUCAGCAGUGCCCACCUGGACUCGUGCUCCUGCAGCCCCUGCACAGCUCCCAAGGUAGGCACUGCGGAGUCCCCAAAACUGGCAUCCCCUGCGGGGCACCCCCUUAGCAUCCCCCAUGCGGGUGGGGGUUGUGAGGCAUUGGGGGGGUUCCCUCGAGGAAGGGGGUGGGUGCCUUGGGCACGGAGAGGAAUGGGAGGACAGAUGUGGGGCUGCAGCUCUGUCCCCCAGAUUUGGGGAUGUCUUGUCCCUGAGGUCCCCAUGGGUGACCCCACAUCAGUUGAGAAGCCCGGGCAGGUCAGUGUCCAGAGGCUGGCAGUCAUCCCGGGAAUCUCAGGCAUCUCCCGGGGCCUCGGGCAGCAGCACCGGGCUGAGUCACCCCGACAACCAGGACGGCCCCGAGCACCAAACAGGCACCUUCAAAGGUGCCGCAGGCAGGUGACUCCUCUUGGGAUUGAGCCGGCAGCUCCUGCGCUUCAAUCCCGGCAUAAGCCACCCCCGUCUCUCCCCAGCACCACCACACUCUCCAUGGAGACCGGCAGCUCCUUCCAACAGCUUGGCAUGCAGCAGCCCCUCGAGCCCCCCGGGCAGCAGCCCCUGGGCUAUGGCAAGUGCAGCGCCGCAGGCAGUGAUCCCGGCAAAGAUGUUGGGAAAGCUGCUGGGUGCAGUGGAGGUAGUGGGAUCGGGAAGGGACCAAUGCCGUUGGUCUGCAGCACUGUAUGCGGGAACCCCUAUGCUGGGCUGGUGAGCCACCUGCGGGCAUCCUGGCUCUCCGGGAAGACACGGCCCUUGGAAUAUCGCACGGCCCAGCUGGAGGCCCUGGGACGCUUCCUGGAUGAUAAGAAGGAGGAGAUCCUGGAGGCCACCGCUGCGGACAUGGGCAAGCCGUCCUUUGAGGCUUACUUCAGCGAGAUCCUCCUCUGCAAGAACGAGCUCAACGUCACCCUCAACAACCUGUGCCACUGGAUGAAGGACGAGCACGUGGACAAGAAUCUGGUGAUGCAGCUGGACUCCGCCUUCAUCCGCAAGGAUCCGUACGGGGUGGUGCUCAUCAUAUCACCCUGGAACUACCCCAUCCACCUUUUCCUGGUGCCCCUCAUCGGGGCCAUCGCUGCUGGGAACUGCGUCAUUGUCAAACCCUCAGAGAUAUCCAAGAACACUGAGAGACUCGUUGCUGAAACGCUGAGCUGUUACCUGGACAGUGACUGCUUUGCUGUGGUGACUGGGGGUGUGCAGGAGAGCACAAGGCUGCUGGAGAACAAGUUCGACUACAUCUUCUUCACUGGCAGCCCCCCGGUGGGGCGGAUCGUGAUGACGGCCGCUGCCAAGCACCUGACGCCGGUGACGCUGGAGCUGGGGGGCAAGAACCCCUGCUAUGUGUCCGACACCUGCGACAUACCCAACGUGGCUCGGCGCGUGGUCUGGGGCCGCUUCUUCAACGCGGGGCAGACCUGCAUCGCGCCUGACUACCUGCUCUGCAGCCUGGAGAUGCAGGAGAAGCUCAUGCCCGCCCUGCGCGAGGCCAUCGUGGAGUUUUUUGGCCCCAACCCCCAGGAAUCCCCGGAUUUUGGGCGCAUUGUGGGGGACAAGCAGUUCCAGCGGGUGCGGAAGCUGCUGUGCAGCGGGCGCGUGGCCAUCGGGGGACAGACGGACGAGGCCGAGCGCUACAUCGCUCCCACGAUCCUGGCGGACGUGCAGCCCUCAGACCCUGUCAUGCAGGAGGAGAUCUUCGGGCCCAUCCUGCCCAUCGUCGUCGUGGCCAACAUGGAUGAAGCCAUUGACUUCAUCAACGCGCGGCCACGGCCCUUGGCCAUCUACGCCUUCUCCUGUGACAGCAAGGUGGUGAACCAGGUCCUGGAGCGGACGAGCAGCGGCGGCUUCUGCGGCAACGACACCCUGAUGCACGUGGCACUGACCUCGCUGCCCUUCGGAGGGAUUGGGAACAGUGGCCUGGGAAGAUACCACGGGAAGUUCACCUUCGACACCUUCUCCCACCACCGGGGCUGCCUGCACCGGAGCAUGGGGCUGGAGGCCAUCAACGCCCCACGCUACCCGCCCUACACCCAGCAGAAACUGGGGCUCCUCACGGCCGCCUUCGAGGUCAAGCGCAGGGGCACCUGCACUCUGCUCUGAGGGUCCCACGUCCUGCUCCGAGGGUCUCCAUGCACAGAGUCGGUGUGGAGAACCAGGACUGCCCCCCGAUCCUCAGCGUGUCCUUUGCCUUGCUGGAGCCCGUUGGACAGCUGGGAUGGAUGCCCCCUCCUGCACACUUGUGGCCUCUGCUCUGGCCUGUUUUCCAGGAAGCAGCUGAAACGGCCCAGAAACUCUUUUUCCUCUUCCUGGUGGAGAAAUGGUCCCAUCAGCCCCAUCUCCCAUCACAUGGACCUUUCCUUGGGGAUGAUCCUCCUUCUCCUCACUGUUGCUCUUUCCUCCAUGUAAUUCUGCCUAUAGUAAAGACUUUGCAUUGAGCUCUC